AUGAUGAUAGUAUUGAUUAUCUCACUGCCGAAGAGUCAACCACAUCUCUUACUACAACAACAACAACCACCUCAACUAUCACAACUAAAACAACUUCGACCACAACUCCUACAACAACUACUACUUCAACCACCACCACCACAGCUUCUACAACGACUACUACGACAACCACCACCACAACUACUACAACUACAUCAACAACCACAACAACUUCUACAACAACUACCACAACACCCACCACGACAACCACCACCACCACCACAACUACUACUUCAACCACCACCACCACAACUUCUACAACAACUACCACGACAACCACCACCACCACCACCACAACAACAACAAGAAAAGAAACAACUACUAGUACUAUUACAAGAAAGAUAA